UUGUAGUUAUCAAUCCAGAUAAAAAGGGCAAUUAUACCGGAUCAUUUCAGAUACGAAGGUUUUAAAAACUGUGGCUGAAGGUAGUAAAAGCCAAGAUGAAAGUUUUUCUCUAUAUUGCAACGGUGACUUUGGCAAUACAUAAAGUUGAAGGCCUAACAUGUUUACAGUGCAAAGGUAUUCCUAAGCCUCGGAUAUGCAACAAGGUUGUAGACUGCUAUGCUGGUGAGUCAUGUAGUGUAGAACAAGUGCUGAAUGAGUUUGGUGAAACUGUCUACAACCUAGGUUGUCUGCAAAAUACGGUUUGUAACAAUUUCACCAGAAGUAUAAAUGGACAUGGAGUUACAUGUUCUGAAUGCUGCAAAACUAAAGAUCUUUGUAAUUCCAAUGGCUGUAGUCAACAAGGUUACCCAGAGCAUAGGGGACCUAUAUGCUAUAACUGUCCUUUACAUACCGACAGUGGGAAGUGUCAUAAUAUUGAAUUCUGCUCUACAGGAGAAGUGUGUAAUAUUGUUGGAAAGAAUAUGUUCUCAGAGACUGUGUAUACCAGUAGCUGUAUAUCUAAACACGCUUGUAAACCGAUGGAAGGUAACCACGUGGCUAUCAUUGGAAAACGUGACGUCAGUAUGGACAAAAGAAGUCACGAGCAACACAUAUGCGAUUCUUGUUGUUCAGAAGAUCUGUGCAAUAAAAAUUGCACGACAGCCCAGCUGCUUAUAGAUCCAUGUCAGUCAAAUCCUUGUAACCAUGGUACUUGCAAAUCUGACGGUCAUAACUUCAGAUGUGAAUGUGCUGCAGGCUUCACCGGAAGUAUAUGCGACAAAGACAUCGAUGAAUGUGUAUCAAAUCCAUGUGUACAUGGAACGUGUAUUGACCGAGUAAAUGGUUACGUUUGUGUCUGUAACCAAGGAUACAAUGGAAGCAAUUGUCAACACGACAUAGAUGAAUGUUUAUCAAAUCCAUGUGUACAUGGAACGUGUAUUGACCGAGUAAAUGGUUACGUUUGUGUCUGUAACCAAGGAUACAAUGGAAGCAAUUGUCAACACGAUAUAGAUGAAUGUUUAUCCAAUCCAUGUAUACAUGGAACAUGUAGUGACCGAGUUAAUGGUUAUGUUUGUACCUGUAAUCAAGGUUACAAUGGAAGCAACUGUCAACACGACAUAGAUGAAUGUUUAUCAAAUCCAUGUAUACAUGGCACAUGUAGUGAUCGAGUGAAUGGUUAUGUUUGUGCCUGUACUCAAGGGUACACCGGAAACAAUUGCCAGUAUAACCAUACAGAUUGUGCUACUAUACUGCGACAUGGGGAUAAUAAGGGCGACGGAAUUUAUACAAUAAGUACAUGGAAAACUCAUAAAAUUAUGGAUGUCUAUUGUGACAUGACUACAGAUGGUGGCGGUUGGACGGUUUUUCAGUACAGAUUUAACGGUUCAGUAGAUUUCUACAGGAACUUCUCUCAAUAUGAAAAUGGUUUUGGAAAUUUACACAGUGAGUUCUGGCUUGGUAAGUUUUCAUAA